AUGCGGGCAUGCAUACUUUUGCAAUCUCUCAACCGGAUGAGAACUGAUAUAUGGACAUUGAGUGAUAUUUGGACAUCACUCAUAUCUAGCUCUUAUGGUCAUCAAUGUUACUUAAAGAACACGCAACAUCACUAUCUUGGGGAUCUUAAUAAUAAAGGUAACAUGGAUGAUUAUGUGGGUGGCUAUGGUGUGGAUUAUAUGGAGCAGAAGAAAUGA